CGCAUUAGUUAUGAAGCCUGUACACAACCAGCUAGAACUGAAAAUUUUGAAAAUGUUAUUAACUAGCUAGAUAGACAAACAAUUUUUUUGGACAAAUAUUAACAAGUAACAGAAGUCUGAAAGGAGAGAAAAAAGGGGUAGGGUGGGAGAUGGAGCAAGGACAAGGAGACCUCGAAAGGCUUUUGAAAUGGGCAGCAGAGAUUGGAAUAUCAGACUCAACUUGUUGCGGGGAUUCGUGUUUGGGUCACUCUCUCUCCGUCUCCUACUUUCCUAGCGCUGGCGGGAGAGGUUUGGGGGCUGCCCGUGAUCUUAGAGAAGGAGAGUUACUUCUCAAAGUUCCAAAAUCAGUUUUGAUGACAAAGGAAAGUCUGUUAUUGAAAGAUGAAAAACUCUCCCUUUCUGUCAAUGAUUAUGCCCAUCACUCUCUGUCCCCUACCCAGAUAUUGGCUGUUUGUUUACUCUAUGAAAUGGGUAAAGGGAAGAUUUCAUGGUGGCACCCUUACCUUAUGAAUUUACCGCGCAGUUAUGACAUUUUAGCAACUUUUGGUGAAUUUGAGAAGCAAGCUCUGCAAGUGGAUGAUGCUAUCUGGGCUGCUGAGAAGGCCACAUUGAAGGCUGAAUAUGAGUGGAAAGAAGCUAAUGCGCUCAUGAAACAACUUAAGCUCAAGCCUCAACUUCUGACCUUUAAAGCAUGGCUUUGGGCUUCUGCAACUAUAUCCUCAAGGACAUUGCAUAUACCAUGGGAUGCAGCUGGGUGCUUAUGUCCUGUGGGAGACUUAUUUAAUUACUCUGCACCUGGAGAAGAGCCAUCUCGUUGUGAAAGUAUGGAGCAUACAAUGCAUGACUUAGUGAAUGAGGAUACUUCGGGUAUGGCAGAUGUGGAGCAGCUUGUUUCUGAUUCACGAAGAUUAACUGAUGGAGGGUUUGAGAAGGAUGUAGAUGCAUAUUGCUUCUAUGCUAAGAAAAGUUACAAAAAAGGAGAGCAGGUCCUUUUAAGCUAUGGAACGUAUACAAAUCUGGAGCUUCUUGAGCACUAUGGCUUUCUCUUAAAUGAAAAUCCAAAUGACAAAGUUUUUAUCCCCUUGGAACCUGAAAUAUAUUCGUCCUGUUCGUGGCCAAAGGAGUCAUUAUUCAUCCAUCAGAAUGGGAAGCCAUCUUUUGCGCUACUGUCUACUUUGCGAUUAUGGGCAACCCCACAGAACCAGCGGAGGUCUGUUGGACACCUUGUUUAUUCAGGACUCCAGCUCUCAAUUCAAAAUGAGAUGUUUAUCUUGAGAUGGAUUUCAAAGAAGUGCACUACCAUUUUGAAGAAUCUGCCAACAUCUUUUGAAGAUGAUAAUUUGUUAUUAAGUGCCAUUGACAAAAUCCAAAAUCUUGAUGCCCCUUUGGAGCUCAACAAUGUGUCAUCCACUUGUAGAGAUGAGAUUUGUGCUUUUAAAGCUAAUGUUCUUCAGAAGGGAGAAAGAAGUAGUAUGGAGUCAAAGGAGAGGUGGAGAUUAGCUGUGGAGUGGAGGCUUAGUUAUAAGAAAAUCCUGGUCGAUUGCAUUGCUUAUUGUGAUGAAAUAUUUGAGAAACCCACUGCAACCACGGGCGUUAGCAGUUCCAUUUUUGUGUCAGUUUGGCCAACUUAUAUGGGUUUAUGCAUCGACUGAUUCUCUUUAAAAUUGCCUCCAAGGAGUGUGUCCAAGAUAACGUCACUUCUCACAAGACUCGUAGUU